CUUUUCCGCCAUCUUGCCGCACCGGUGAGUAGGGCCUCCGCCUCGGCCCGGCCGCCAUCCGCCGCGCCUCCGCCCCAUCCUCGCGCCUCCGCCGCCUCCGCUCCCCUCAACGGGGACCCGAGACCGCGUCCGAGCGGUCCGACCCACUUUGAGCCCUCGGCGUCGCCCCUGGCGCUCUGUAGAACCUCCGAAGCGGCGGGUGGGGGGGAGCAGCCCGCCUGCCAGCCGAGAGAGAUGGAGGGAGGGGGCUGAGGGAGGCGGCCGGCCCGGGCCGGGCGCGAGGGAGCGGGGCCGUGCGGGGGGCCGGGACCGGGUGGUGGGGCGGGGCAGCGCGGCUCGGCGGGGAGCUCUCGGCUUAGCGGCGGAAACCUGCGUGUGCGGUAGGAGCCGGCCCGGUCCGGGAUGGCCGCUCCGGCCCCCGUCAGCAGCAGCGCCCGCAUGGCUCCAGCAGUAAGCGGCACCAUGGUGCGCAUGAACGUUCUGGCCGAUGCUCUCAAAAGCAUCAACAACGCAGAGAAACGUGGGAAGCGCCAGGUUCUCAUUAGGCCAUGCUCCAAAGUAAUCGUCCGGUUUUUAACUGUGAUGAUGAAGCAUGGUUACAUUGGUGAAUUUGAGAUAAUUGAUGAUCACAGAGCUGGGAAGAUUGUUGUCAAUCUCACAGGCAGACUCAACAAGUGUGGUGUAAUCAGUCCCAGAUUUGAUGUUCAACUGAAGGAUUUGGAAAAAUGGCAAAACAACCUGCUGCCUUCACGUCAGUUUGGGUACAUAGUCCUGACAACCUCAGCUGGCAUCAUGGACCAUGAGGAGGCUAGGCGAAAACACACAGGAGGCAAAAUCCUGGGAUUCUUUUUCUAAAACUUGUAAAAGAGGAUACUAAUAAAUUGUUCAAACGGA